UGUGUGUGUGUGUGUGUGAAUUUACAUUGAAAGUCUGCCGUGUGUACGACCUGAGUGGUGUUGUCAUUAACCUUCCUGUCUAUAUUUAGGCUGAGCCAUGACGUGCUGUGCUGUGCCACACUUAAACAGAAAGUAAUUGGAAGAAGGGAUAGCCGAGGAUGGAGAGGGGGGAAGAGGAGGAGAGAAUGACAGAAGACAAGAGGAGAACAGAAGGGAGAGGGGAAUGGAGGGUGAUGUAUGUAGAACAAAGAAGAAGAGGGGGAGAUGAGAGGACAGAAGAUGGAUCAUUAUGCUCUUUUACAUCAGCUCUUGUCCCCAAUAACCAGAGAGACUGCUGAGGGACAAUGAAGAUGCAUUCCUUCCCACAGCGAGCUCACAGCCCCAUCUGGCUUUGUGUGCGUACGUUUCUGCGUUUGUGUACUGUAUUAUGCAUUUGUGUAAUAAUGGCCUACUGUAUUGCCCAUUUUCCCAAAAAUGUGUCUCUUCGGAUAUUAUGUGCAGCAACACAUAAUAUCCCUUGGCACAGGAAAGCACCUUUAUUUGAAUCAUCGGUGGCUGCUGAAGUUAUUGCCUAUUUUUAAACUAACAAAUUUAAAACCAAGCUGCAUCUUUUCUCAAUUGUGCAGUAAAUGGCAACAUGGGCUGUUUAAGUUCAGGAAGUAGGCCUGCGUCAUUUUUACUACAGGCCUUUUUCACAGCAGAAAAGUAAAUAUAAAACAGAAAUUGUUAUUGUAGGAAAAGUACUACUAAUAACAAUACCAAUGUUCUAUUCAAGUGUACCAGUAAGCUUUGUAUUGCAAGUACAUUCAUGCAGGAUGGAGUGAAGAAUAUGUUGAAUGAAAUACAAAGAAAAUAAUUGGAUAAAGAAGAGAAAAAAACCCACCAACCCUCAUAAAAGACAUUGAUAAACAACUUGCACACACGCACACACACACGCACACACGCACACACCGUAACUACUCAUAAGUCUGGGUAAACAGAAAGGUUACUUUUAACAUGGUUACAGUUGUGAUUCUGUUUUCUUUCUCCGUCUUUGGACUCUUUGGUGCAGACAUGUUGUAAUUGUACUGCACUGUCCUUUUGGCUGCCUGUUUCAGAAUGUCAGCUGAUGAAGACGGAGAGGCCGAAGCCAAACACCUUCAUCAUACGCUGCCUCCAGUGGACCACAGUCAUAGAGAGGACCUUCCAUGUGGACUCGCCUGAUGAGAGAGAUGAGUGGACAGAGGCCAUCCAGAUGGUGGCUGACAAGCUGCAGAGACAAGAGGAGGAAAGAUUUCAGUGCAGCCCCACCUCCAACAUCGACAACAUGGUCGAGGAGGAGAUGGACAUCUCCACCACACACCACAAACGCAAGACAAUGAGCGACUUUGACUACCUGAAGCUGCUGGGAAAGGGAACCUUUGGAAAAGUAAUUCUUGUCCGAGAAAAGGCCAGCGGGAAAUACUACGCCAUGAAAAUCCUUAAAAAAGAAAUCAUCAUCGCCAAGGAUGAAGUGGCCCACACACUCACAGAAAGCAGAGUACUGAAAAACACCCGACACCCCUUUCUCACUUCAUUGAAGUAUUCAUUCCAGACUAAAGACCGCCUCUGUUUCGUUAUGGAGUAUGUGAAUGGAGGAGAGCUGUUUUUCCAUUUGUCAAGAGAGCGGGUGUUUUCCGAGGAGCGCACGCGCUUCUACGGCGCCGAGAUCGUCUCGGCUCUAGACUACCUGCAUUCAGCCAAGAUUGUGUACCGGGACCUCAAGUUGGAAAACCUGAUGCUGGAUAAGGAUGGCCAUAUCAAGAUCACAGAUUUCGGCCUCUGCAAGGAGGGCAUCACAGACGCUGCUACCAUGAAGACCUUCUGUGGCACGCCCGAAUACCUCGCCCCUGAGGUCCUGGAGGACAAUGACUACGGUCGGGCGGUGGACUGGUGGGGUUUGGGUGUGGUGACGUAUGAGAUGAUGUGCGGCCGACUGCCGUUCUACAACCAGGACCACGAGAAGCUGUUUGAGCUCAUCCUCAUGGAAGACAUCAAGUUCCCGCGCACUCUGUCAUCUGAUGCCAAGUCCCUGCUGUCAGGCCUGCUCAUCAAAGACCCCAACAAAAGGCUUGGUGGAGGACCAGAUGAUGCAAAAGAAAUAAUGAGACACAGUUUCUUCUCUGGCGUCGACUGGCAGGAUGUAUAUGAUAAAAAGAUGGUCCCUCCCUUCAAGCCUCAGGUGACGUCGGAGACAGACACCAGAUACUUUGAUGAGGAGUUUACAGCCCAGACCAUCACAAUCACUCCACCAGAGAAAUUCGACGAGGACGGGAUGGACUGUCUGGAUAAUGAGAGAAGACCGCACUUCCCACAGUUCUCCUACUCUGCCAGUGGCCGGGAAUGACCUGUCCAUCACGGUGACAUCAUCACAGCUGGUCUCUGAGGUCAUCAAUGUGGGACAAAAAAGACCCACAGCUUUGGCCCUCCCCAGAAAGACUUGAAGGAUUUUGCCCUUCUCUCCUCCUCUUCCUCAUCUCUUUUUCACCUCUGCAGUCUGCUUCUCUAUUUAUUUAAAUUUUGUGAAUCCCUUUUUAGAGAGAACUUCCAGGUAAAAUUACUUUAUAAUCCUGCGCUGCAACCCGAGGUGAUCCGAAACUGUGAUGUGAUCAGUUACUAUGUAAUGUCCCUUUAUAGACAGGAGCAUCACCGGUGGCCUGCUGUGCUUUGACAUGUGUCGGUCCUGCCUGUGAACCAGUGAGACAACAGCUGAUGCAUUAGGAAUUCUUUUUGUGGCUUUUUAUCUGUGAGAUGGCGAUAUAGCAUUUAAGUCAUUCAAACCUAAACUGCCGGUACCGGUUGUAUCUCAGGCUUUUGCAAACAGACGGAUGCUCUCAGAUAUCAGAGAGGCACUCGGGUCUGAUUUCAAAUCCUCUCUAAAUAAUUCUGGGAUGGAUUGAGGCUGCCUGGCAUUGAGGGAGCAGUUGUCACCAGUGAGCAGAAUCCUACACAGCUCAUGUUGUCGAGUAGGAUCUGACUCAGGUUUUCCUCAGUGCAAUUCAUUAUUGUUGUUGCUGCUAUUUCAACUACUACUACAGGUACUACUACUACUACUACUACUAUAUUUCUACUAUUAAAACCCGGUGCUACACUAUUAGCUUAAUGCUGCAGAUCAUUAUACAGGCGCCAGCAACACAUCAACCACCUGUAUUAACGUCUAUGCUUGUACAGCUGCAGAACAGGUGUUACUUUUACUCCUAAUGUACUGCUAUUACACAUCAAAUCUGUUGAUUUAAGACGACUGAAAGGAUAGUGUGUGUGUGUGUGUGUGUGUGGGUGUGUGUGUGUGGGUGGGUGUGUGGUCCUAUUAUGGGUUUGUGUUUAAGAGCGCACCUCAAAGCACAGCAGUUCAGAAGGAUGAAGCUCCAGAACAAUGAGCUUUACUACAUUACCCACAAUGCAGUGCGAGUUGGUUGAUAUAACCAUCACAAGGAGGUGAAGAUGAGAGGAAAGCAGUUGGUUUGAAUGCCCCCCCCCCCUUCCCCAACCUUCAGUCCCUCUGAGUUUAAUUCUCUUCUGUCCCAAAAGGGAACACAAAAGUGAAACAAUGCGCUUUACUGUGACAUGUCGUCGUCACGUCUUCGGGAACCACACGGCUGUACCUCUCUGUCUUUGUGCAGGAAAGUGAAACUGCAGCAGGAACAGAUUCACCACAGAGUGAAAACACAAGUCCAAGAUGGCAGGUUGGGCAUUGUUGAUGACGAUAGAGAGUGAGUACAGAAAAAAGCUCCAAGAAUGAUGACAAAUUUAUUAUGAUAUAAUUUAUGACGUAUUGAUGACUGAGGUAACGGCUGACUUCCUGUUUCAUGAGAUUGUUAUGAAGGGUUUUUAUUAAAAAAUACAUUAUGGUCUACCAGGAGGUACGCAUCGACAGUUAUGGGUUUACACAAAUCACAGCAAUGGCUAUAAUAUAUAUAUGUUCUAUUUAUUGUUCUACUCAUCAGUUUUAUAUUUAACUUUUUCUAUUGUUAUUACAUUAUUCUAGAAAAAAACCUAUUUCUUAGGGCUGAGAGAAGGAAAAGAAAAAAGCCCCCUCAAGAAACAAAAAUGGCUGAAGAAUGUAGGAGGGAAAGCAGAUAGCAUUCCUGCUCCAUUGUUUAUUUAAUGUUGUUUUUGUGUUAUUUUGUGACCAAAAUGUGACCGCCGAGAGGUGACGGGACGCAUUAAAGACAGAUGGUAGUGUACUGUGAGCUAAAAGAAGGUCAACAAAUAUAUUUAUAUAAUCCCCUCUUCUUCUUCAACUUUAUCCAAAUCAUCCCACAGGUGUUUGUGAGGGCUCGUCUCACUUGAUUGGUUAUUGACACAAACGUUCCCCGUAUUUCAUCUGGUCACAGGUGUGUGUUGGUGAAGGCUCAGACAGAGUUCAGAAAGACGAAGUGGAAGUUGAGCAGAAAGAAAGCUAAAUGUUAAGUGGUAAGAUUGGAAAAGAGUCGGUACUGAAUCGUAAGAGCUACUUUUUACUGUAAGUGUGUCAAGUCAGAAAAGAGGAGAGAGAGGAAUAAUGGUUGGUUAUGAAAUGGGAGAUUGUAAGGUCAGACACUCUGUCUUUAAUGAGCACCGUCAUUUCUCUGGUCUGGACUUUGUUUGUUUAUUUGUAGUCAUGUCUUCCAGUCUGACCAACACGAUUUAAAAUCCCCUCAAUCUCUCUGUCUUCAAACACCAGGAAGCCUUAUGCUUUAAAUCAGAAUACAUCCAGCACCUCAGACGAGACAAAAUCACCAGAUGUGAGGAAAUAUAUUUUUUAAAAUGUGAAAUUUCAACUGCAUCCUAAAAGAACAACAUGUCAAAUAUCAUGUCACCUUUAAUAUUUGGAUGACACCGAUUCAAAGAGAGCACCAGGGGAUGUGCUCGGAUUAGACGUAGGAAGUUGUAUUCCAAUAUUUAUUUGAAUGUUUUCACCAUUGAUGGAUAACUUGAAUUUAUUUUCUAUUUAUUUUAUUCGAUGUAAUUUUGUUUUGGAGUUCAGCAGUAAGGGGGUGUAGUCGUGUUUCACUCUGCAGUUUAAGUCUUUAGAUAUUUUGUUCUAAAAAUAAAUCCUUUUGCUUUUCUUUAAAAAUAUUUCUUAUACGACAAAUUACCUGUUUCUCCGCUGCUCUUAAGUCCACAUGCUUUACUCUUGCACAUCCAUUAAAUUGCUAUUCGCUGGCAAAGGCGCUUUAUGGCAGGAAGUAGAAAAGGAUGGCGCUGGCCUGUACGCCGUCGUCCUCUGUCCGCACUAACCAGUCCCGAGUCAAAGUGGCACUCAGAACUCUUAUGAAAAAUACUUCUCUGUGAUCGAUUGAGCCUGUCUGGCAAAGCUGAAGCAGCCGAAUAGUUCAAAAUGAGUACAAUUCCCACCCAGCUGGCACCCUGGACAGGCUCAAGCCAACGCUCACAAGUAUUUGGAAAGCUUUGAUUUGACCCAGGUCUGCGAGCAACUGAGGAGUUCUAGCUAUAUGUGCUCGCUUCCCGCCAAAAUCAUUAGAAACCAGAGUUCAUAAAAGAAACUACUUGAUGGCUUUGGCCGCAGCACUUUCACACGCGCAAUUUUUUAAUAUGAUCCAGAGGAUUCUGAUUAAACCCUGCUUUAAAGGAAGGUUUGUAGCUUCCUUUUUCUUUAAAAAAGAAAAUGAUUUUUAAAGCGCAUCUUCCCUCCACAUACGACCGAUAGCUUUGAUGUUGCUCUGAUGUCUUCGGUUGGCGAGACCUCGGUGAUUGUGUCCCACAUGCCAGAGACGAGUCAGUGCUGCCGCUGCAGAAUCAGUGGAAAUGUUCAGUAACUCGGUCAGUCUUCAUGAACUAAAAUGUUCAGAAAUAUCUACUGAUGUCACCGACUCCUCCUCCUCGUUUUAAAAAACUUUUCCCUCCCUUGGGUCUCUGACUCUCCUCGUUAAAUCCUCCUUUACACGUUGAAGUUAAUUUACUGGCAGCUGCCAGAUGCUGAUUCUAAGGUCAGAGAUCAUAUAAGUAAUACAUGUUUUCCUUCAAAUACUGUCAGUGGAGAAGCUGGAACUUAGUAAUUCUUCUCAUCGAUGUGGGUUCCCCUGAAAGACUAUGAAUGAACAUGUCAGUGAUUUCUUUAACUGGAUGCUUUAAGCCUCCUCACAGCUUUACUGGUGCCCUCGACUGGUGUGAACCGACAGUAUGAGAGAUAUGUGACGCUGCACCGGCAGUGUUCACUUUUAAAGCUGCUGCUGUUUGUACUGUACAUCUAUCACACAACACAUCCGACUCCAAUCAUAUUUGAAUAUGUAAAAAUCCUUUCAAAGACCUCGGCUGCUCUCUAUUGAUCUUGCCUGUUAAUGAACCGUCGGCGUCGGCCAAAAAUCACAAACCUCAUUCAGCCGGCGUUUAAUGCAGAUAAUAAGUAAAUGGCUCCAGUGUUUGGAAGGAUUUCUGAAAGUAUUUGACCUCAGUGUCUGCAACAGAAUUGCUCCCCUCUCCUUCUCUAGUACUAGACUACUAUCGUCGUGAUUAUUAACAUGAACAAGCAUGAGGUGCAUUUAUUUAUAAACGGCAAACAAAAAACGGCAAACAUGUACAAAUAAUACAAAGUGUAAUUGAGUCAAUUUCAUGUCCAUCUACUGUAGCUUUACAGCUGUGUGAGAUGUUUGUGGACGGCUGCCAGCUGUUCUCAGAGUGGGCCAUGUUUCGCUGAAGCACUGUUACACUGACUUCAGCUCUCCUCUCUGACGUGUCAGCGGAGCAGAGCCGAUAUCGAAUCUGAGACGGUGUGAGGAAACUCAGCAGAUCGAUCAAACGGCCUUUUUCUGUCCCUCAUGCUGUCAGGAUGCAGUGCUGUUGGCCAGCGAGGCCUCGAGGAUGUGAAAACAACAAAUUACCAUCAACAUGAAGCUGUUUUUUACACUGUACAUCCUUAGUAUUUUUACACAAUGUAUAUGAUAGGGAUGCACAUUAUUUUCAAUCUUACAGACGGCUUCAAUAAAGCACUAUGUCAAUCUGC